AUGGUUCCUGUCUGCAAAGGCAAUCGCAAGAACGAUCUUAGAGCUUGUCCUGAUGUUGAUGGAACUUGUGGAACUUUUCAUAGUGUUCGUGCCAAUGGUGAAGUUGUUGAUGGCGUCGAUAUCCGUUGUCCAGCAGGAACAUCCGUUCAUGCACCUUUCUCUGGUGAAAUGUACUAUUGGCGUCCAUUUGGUGGAGUUUCCGAUAAGAAGUGCUCCGAUGAAGGAGUUCGAAUCGAAGGAACUGGUCAAUGGCAGGGUUACGCCGUCUACAUCUCAUCUAUCAGCUUAAACUUCUAUGGCGGAAACGUUGAAGCUGGUCAGGAGUUGGGAACAGUUAAAGACAGGUCAUGCUUCUUAGAUGAAGAUCAGAGAGGUUCCGAAUAUCACGUGCAGAUGAAGCUUUACAGAGAGGGAAAGCUUGUUGACCCAACCUACCACCUGCAGCAUUGCAUGUGCACAGGACAAAUCUGUGAAUCAAAUUCGAAAAAUCGUUUGUUGGGAGAGCCUUUCCGAUCUGAUAAGCGAUACAAUGGAGUUCAUGGCUGGGAUAUGGAAUGCUCUUUGAUCGAAGACCAGUAUGAAGGAAUUAGAGCUCCACUAAUCUAUUCACCCAUCACAGGAGAGAUCAUGGGAAGAACUCGUCUUCGUUAUUCAAACGAUGGAUAUAUAGGAUGUGAUAACGAUGCCAUGUUCAUUGUGGGUACAGAGGAUUGGAUCGGAUUUGAUGUGCACAUCUACAAUGUGCGAACACGCAGUGAUUUGGGAUUCGGUCGAAAGCGAAUUGUACAAGGAGAGCCAAUUGGAACUCGGUUAAACUGUGACAACAGUCCAGACAGCAUAUUCAUAGAAUUCCGUUAUCAAGGAAGGAUUGUUGAUAUGACGGAUAUAAUAACAGCCACCAAAUGUCAAUUGCCUUCUUUGCCAAAUUUUUAA